UUAUUGUCGGGGGUCGUUCUUUUGGCUCGUCGCCGUCUCUCUACCCUCAUCCACUACAAAGGUCAGUGUACUGGAUUUGAUGCGAUCGAGUAGCCGCUAUGCUUCUACUUCUCUUUGAUUCGUCUUGUCAUUGAUCAUCGCGGAGUUGAGGAGGUCCUUUAGAGUUUGCAAUGAAGUGUUUGCCAUUCCUAAAUAGAGAGGUGAAGGAGGAGAUCCAGUUGAGAUUCUCAACAUCACUUCAGUCUAACGACACCACAUCAACUAAUCAUGAUUUCAGAAGAUCAGAAACUGAGUUUAACUCUGAGGAUGUUAUUAUUGCUGCCGAAUCCAUGGGAAGGUCCAACUACCCUAAUUUAACCCAGAGACCAAGCAAUCUCAGGGUUUUCACAUUUUCAGAACUGAAGAAUGCCACGAGGAACUUUAGCAGGUCACUUUUGGUUGGAGAAGGUGGGUUUGGAUGUGUUUACAGGGGAACGAUCAAGAGCCUUGAGGAUCCAAGUACAAAGAUUGAGAUUGCUGUCAAACUAAGUCACAAGGGACUGCAGGGCCACAAGGAAUGGGUGACUGAAGUCAAUGUUCUUGCAGCAGUUGAUCAUCCAAAUCUUGUUAAGUUAAUAGGUUAUUGUGCUGAAGAUGAUGAAAGAGGAAUGCAACGAUUACUUGUCUACGAAUAUUUGCAAAAUAGAAGCGUAGAGCAUCACUUGUCAACUCAAUCAAAGACAACACUUUCUUGGUACAUGAGACUAAGGAUAGCAAUUGAUUCUGCACGUGGACUGGCAUACUUGCAUGAGGGAAUGGAUUUCCAGAUUAUUUUCCGAGAUUUCAAAUCCUCUAACAUCCUUUUAGAUGAAGAUUGGAAUGCGAAAUUGUCAGACUUUGGCUUAGCUAGACAAGGUCCAACAGAAGGAAUAACUCAUGUCACAACAGCUGUUGUCGGAACUGCGGGCUAUGCUGCUCCUGAGUAUAUACGCACCGGCCGUCUUACUGCCAAGAGUGACAUAUGGAGCUACGGAGUCUUCCUAUAUGAACUUAUCACCGGCCGACGACCAAUAGAUCGAAACAGGCCUAAAAGUGAACAGAAGCUCUUAGAAUGGGUCAAACCUUACUUAUCAGAUACUAAAAAGUUCAGGAAGAUCAUAGACCCAAAGCUAGAGGAUGAAUACUCAUUAAAAUCUGCAGCAAAGCUUUCUUCUGUGGCAAAUCGAUGUCUACGGCGGCAAAGCAAGUCCAGACCCAAAAUGAGUGAAGUGUUGAUGAUGGUCCAACAAAUUAUGGAAAUCCCAGAAAUCGGAGCUCCACAGGCUCCUUUAAGGCAUCCAGAUUUAGAACAAGGGGACCAAAGGACAGCAAAGAAGAAAGGUCUAAAGCAACCCAUUGGUGACUGGAAAAUAGGGAAAGGUAUUCAGUUAGUGUGGCAGGGUUGGAAGCCAACAAAGAUAUGUUGAUUACUAUGUCGACGAUGAUGCUGAUGGAAUCUUAAGUGUAAGGAUUAGUGAUGUACGUUGUAGGAUUAGUUCAGGUUGGUGUAGAUCUGAAUGGCAGUGCAUUUGGAAACUUGCCGAGCAUUUAAAUUCAUUUUCUUCGCGGCCAAAUGGAGUCUUGCAGGUUCAGUUCCUAUCCAGAUUGUUACGAUAAUUUUUCGCAAAUUGUCUGAUCGAUGAUAUAUCAGUGGCUCUCCUCUUUGCCACACUCAGUUACAGAUUCAAGUUCUCUUUUGGCGGGAAACUUUGUGGCCGGAGAAGCGAAAUUUGAUGUCCUAUGAUUCAAGAAGUAGACGAUAUGUGAACUGAGUAGGGAUCGAAAUGAUAUGCAAGUUCUUCUGACAUCAUUCAAAUACAACAAUGUGUGGAUAAGAUCUUGGUGUUUUUAGCUUCUUGAUGUUGGUGUUACUUGUUCCUUAGUUGCUCUUCGGGGGCGAAAGGAGGAGGAAGGUUGUGGGAUCGGUGAGCCCGGCGACGGUGUGAGCCCGAUGGGAAUCGGGUUGGGUUUGUGUCAUGUCCAAUCAGUUAAAAUAUGAACAAGGUGAGGAGGCAUGUGAAUGAGGCUUUGCCAUGAGUAUGGAAUGAUUAAGUAUGAUAUCGACUUGAGUUUGAAUUUGAA